GAUUAACUCGACAAAUCACCCUCAUCGUCAUGUCCCCAACAAUGACUGCAGCCAAAACAGCAGAGUUCGCGAGACUCUUCGAUCUCUUCGAUCGCCUUGCUACCAGGCGCUCGCGAUCAGCCAUAGGCGACAGCACAAAUGCCAUGGAAGAAGACAUUUCAGGAAUACCUGAUGACUUCGCGCCUGUGAUGAGGAACUUCACUGCCCUCCUCGCAACACGCGCUCUACGCGACCAAGGACGGCGCCGUAAGCUCGAAGACGGUGAGAAGAGAAAACCAUUCGUCAGGCCGCGCAGAAACACGCUAGCCGCUACGCCGUCGACGGUGGCAGACGCGUCUAUUACGGAGGUGGAGGAAGAUGAAUUGGAAGACGAUGAUGAUAUGACGAUACCAGCGUUCCCUCUGGGUCAGCGUUACCCAUUUACGUUUAAAUUGAUGUUGCAUAAGUUAUACGGCUUGGAAGAGUGGGCAGAAAAGGUGAAAGGCGUCGUAGAGGCCUCUAAGGCUCAGUUCCUGUCAUUAGCAGAGAGGACUGAGAAGGUGGGAAGCCAGAAGGAAGGGGACAACACCAUUCGCCAAAACGCAAGACGCGUCACCCGUGCACGUAGCCAUUCAGUGCUCACUUCCAAGACCAAAAACUCACCUCUAGCUGUCGAACGGAUGCAAUCACAAAAACAAAAAGAUAGCCAAGGAAGUUUUCGAGUGCUCAAGAAGAGGUGUGUAGGGAGAAGAAAAUCAGUCAAUGGUCCGAUGAUUGGGGGAGGAUGGGUGUAUGAUGCGGCGAUCGCGUCUGUUGAACUGAAUAGACCUCGACUGGGCAGCGAAAUUCCGACUGCGCCGAUGACGAAUGUCAGUAACAUUCAUGAAACGCGUUCGCGCCAUCAAUCUCUGGCAGCCUUGGAAGGAAUUAGUGCCCGAGAUGCGGCGAGAAAGAGGGUCAACUUUGUGAUUCCGGACUCGGACUUGGGUGGACUGGGAGAUAAAGAUG